AUGAUGUCAACAUCAGAGAUGAAUCAUAACGACAUCAUAUCGCCAUUAUAUAGUCACAUCCUUAUUCCCAAAACCAAGAACAGAACUAACCUUCUUGAGUUUAUCUCCACCCGUAGCAGUGUUUACAAACUCGAAGCUGUACAUAACAAGACUCUGAAUCCGACAAGCUUGUUAGUUAAGCUUCACGAGACAUCUCCAGGGAAAAUGCGAGUCUUGGAUCUCUUCUCAAACGACAGACUCUGUUUCUUGCCAGAAAAUUUCCCGGGAAAAAUCGAUUUGCAGGAGUUUCAUGUGAGACUGAUUCGUAGAGCUUACCGUAUAGAGUACUCAAACAAUGGUGGUGGUGAGAUUUCUUCUUACUGGUCACUGAAUUCCGACAAAGUCGUGAUUCUGUCUUCAGGGGAAGACUCUGCUUUAAUGGCGAUUCACAGUGGUGGGAAAUUAGGGUUUUUGAAAAAGGGAAACGAAGAAAGGUGGAGAAUUUUGGAUGAUUCUUGGAAUGUGAUUUACGAAGACAUAAUGGUUUAUAAAGAGAAUUGCAUCGUUGUAGACGAUAAGGGCAGAACCGUAAUUUACGAUGUGGGUUUCAGGGUAUCGGAUUUAGCUGGAGGUUUAGCCGGAGGAGGUGGUCACAAGAAGCAUCUUGUGGAAUAUUCCGGCGGAGAAGUGUUGCUUGUGGACAAGUACGUGAAACACGUUUGGUACAAAUCGGAGUUUUCGAAAUCUGCGGUGGAAUUUAGAAUUCCUGCCGGAGAUUUGGUCGGAGGUUGCAUAUUUUACAGAGAUUGUAGAAAUGGAGGAAGAAGCAGAGGGCUUUGUAGUGACGGUGAUGGUGUCUUCAAUGUGGAAUAUUCAACUCAUGGAGAUUUUGUGUUUCCUGUUAAGCCCAAGUGCUUAAGCCCAUAA